CUCCAGCUGCGCACUCGGACUGUUCCGUCCCUCUUCCGACUGGGCUCAUGUGAAGCCUCCAGAGUCAGCCCCCGCUUCCUGUAUUUCCACUACAGACUGUCGGAGUGUGAUGGAGAAUCUAAGGUUGUUGAUGGUCAGUUGGUGUAUACCUAUUCACUGACAUAUACUCCUCCUCCACAAGGCUACGUCAUCAGAGUUCUACCACUGGAUCUUCCCAUCCACUGCCAUUACAACAGGUUUCUUUAUUCUUACCAAGUUGGCUUCAAACCUCAAGUUACGCAAGCAAACUUCUUGAAAAGAAUCAGGAGUAAACUUAUCUUCAGUGUCACUGUCUGCAAUGCCCAGUGGGAACCCCUCCCUCCAGGCCACUGGUUCAUUUUAGGGGAACCUGUGUAUUUUGUGGUCCAGACAGGGAAUCUAUUGAAUGGGGAGAGGCUUUAUGUGGAUGUGUGCUAUGCUUCAGCCUCUAAAGAUCCAAAGAGCCUGCCCAAAGUGGAUAUUAUUACCAACUACGGCUGCAUGACAGACAGCAGGAGAGAAGGCAGCAGAUCCCAGUUCCUCUCCGGUGUGGACAAUGUGCUGAAGUUCUCUGUGGAUUCCUUUCUCUUCAAAGCAGCCUCAGAGGUACAGUAUCUCCACUGUUCAGUGUCAGUCGGUCUCACCACUUCCUACAAUGCAAAGUCCUGCAACUACAACAACGCUGCUGGCAGGUGGGAGGAGCUGGAAGCCUUACCGUCAGUAUGCUCCUGCUGUGAUUCCACGUGCAGUGACGCAGACGACUCUAUCAAGAAUACGGUCAGCAGUCCAGGCUGGUUCAUUGGACAGAAGGGGGAACAGAAACCAAGGAUGGCGGUGGUAUCUUUUCAAACAGAUCACAGAAAGGAAAGGGUGGAUCAAGAGGAGAAGAGGAAAGAAAGAAUGGAUGUGCGUCUUAAAGAAGUUCAAACUUUCCCAAAGGAGCCUAAGAUUUUUCAUGAGGAAGAAGAAGAGAUCCUUGGUGAGAAAGAAGAAUGGAACCUGGCUCCAAUCAGCCAGUGGGAAAAGAAAGAGAAGGAGGAACGUGAGAAAGAAAUGGUCAUUGCGGAGACAGCAGACAGCCUGCUGAAAGAACUGGCAACAGAUGGCUUCAUUAUGUCAGAUGAGAGUAGACCAAAUGAACCUGCUCAGUCCAGAAAGAGCCGACUGAAAUUGGAUCAGUUCGAUACUGUGCUGUGGUCGGAACAGAUGAACUAUGUUAAUAAGUCUGAUAAGAGGGCAGAGGGUGAUUCUGGUAACAGUAAAGGAUCAGAAAGAGAUAAUCUUGUUCACAUCAGAGGGUCAGAAUCGGACCAGUCUGCUCGUCCAGCUGGGCGGAGGGACACCGAGCACCAAGACUUGCCCAGUCAUUCUGCUGUGGUGAUGGUCACUAGCACCCUGCAAGACUCUGAGACGAGACAAAUGAGUGACGAGGAAUGGGCGGAGGCGGUGUCAGGAUGGGGCCUGCAGAGUUUGGGUUUUGUGGUGGACAAGCCAAGACGGAACAGAAGCUGA